UGCGUCGGCUCUUUCAUUUGUCAUAUGUAUUUAACAUGAUGAGUUCGCCAUUAGAUUCAUUGGCUCUCGGCCUUGUUGUCAAAAUACCCUCCGCGCCGCAAAAACUCGAGUAGGCAUCAAGAGCAAAUCAAACAGCACUACCCGCCGUGUCGGAAGCAAGAUACUGUAGUUUCAGUUUUGGGCAAGGGCCAAUACAUAAACGGCAAGCAGAAAUAAUGUCCGAGCCGAAUCUGUCAGGCUCGCCGCCAUCCGCUCGUGUUCGGCUCCGCGAUCUCGUCCCGGGCAUUCAGGUUGGGGCUUGGCCAACAGGGCCCAAGAAUGGCAUCACCGAUGUCCCUGGAGUGCUCGUCCAUACGAAAUCUAUCCACACCCCUGAUGGAGCUGUCAACACCGGAUUGACUACCAUUCUCCCUCGCAAAGAUUGGUUCCACAACGCAUGCCAUGCAGGCAUCUUCCGCUACAACGGCUCAGGAGAGCUGACGGGUAGCCACUGGAUUGAGGAGACGGGUCUCCUCCACAGCCCAAUCGUCUUAACAAACAGUUUUGCUGUAGGCAACUGUAAUACUGGUAUCUACCAGUAUGCCAUUGAAGAGUACAGCGGAGCCGAUGGAAGUGUAGAUUGGUUUCUCAUGCCUGUCGUGGGCGAAACUUAUGACGGCUAUCUCAACGACCUUACCAAGUUUGUAGUAACGCCGCAACAUGUCGUCGACGGCAUCAAGGCAGCCUCUGCAGAUCCAGUUCUAGAGGGCAACACUGGUGGUGGCACGGGCAUGAUGUGCCAAGGUUUCAAGGGAGGCACAGGCACUUCAAGCCGUGUGGUGCCAGGUUUCGAUAGCAAGGGGAAUGAGAAGAGCUAUACAAUUGCGGCACUGGUACAGGCAAACUACGGCCGGAUGCCUCCUUUGAAAAUCACCGGUGUCCCCGUAGGAAGGAUUCUUGCGGCGGAAGCCUUGAAGAGCAAGGAGGCAGCAAAAGCCAAGGCCGAAUAUGAUGCCGCCAAAGAUACCAAGGAUGGCAGUAUCAUCAUCGUCCUCGCCACGGAUGCUCCGUUAAGCGCCAUUCAACUCCAACGCCUGGCAAAACGCGCUACAGGCGGCCUGUCUCGCGUUGGUGGCUACGGGCACAAUCCUAGCGGCGACAUAUUCAUCGCAUUCAGCACGGGAAAUAAGAUUCCAGUGCAAACCGUGGGCUCUAAUCAUCGAUCUGUUGAUCCGUUCAAGGCUAAUACCUUGGUAACGGAGUCGAUCGAUGACACAACUAUAAAUGCCUUACUCGAAGCUGCCGCCGAUUCUACUGAAGAGGCGAUAUACAACACCCUUUGUAUGGCAGAAAGCAUAACAGGGUUCAAGGGCAAUCAUGUGGACGCACUGCCUCUGGAUAAAGUUAAAAGUAUUCUAGAGAGACACAUUGCCUUGGAACAAGCUAUUCAGGCAGAGAUGUAACAGAAUUAAGCCGCAAGGAUCCAUUAUUGGUGCUGAGGUUCAAAAAAUAUAUAUAUCUUUAACCCACUUACAAAUAAGCUCAAAUCAUCCACAU